AUGAGCUUACUUGAAGAAGCAGCAAAAUUCAAUCGCGCCCAAGCUUUCAGACUAAUUGAUGAUUAUAACACUAAUCUUAGGGCUUACGCUAGCCCUGACAAGCGGCCUUUUGGCAGGAGAUUACUGGAUCUUGUUUUGACUGUGCAGUUGCUUCAUCUUCUUCGCCUUUUUCUUUACCCUAUAAAAGAAAAGAACUAAUGGAAGUGAAUUUGAAACUACAAGAAAAACUAAAAAAAUUUUAGCGAUUUAAGCAACAUUGAGAUAUGGAAGGUUAUUUCAAUGAGAAAGACUUUAUCAAAAGCUCGAUUAAAAUCGAAUCAACACCACAUUCUCGUAAAACGGUAUUUAAACAUGCUUAUGCUUUAUGAACCCUCGUUAGAAGGCUUAUUGCUAAGAGCAAUAGAGGACCCAAGUUGUACUUUAACGUCUCUAAUCUUAGGGCUUACGCUAGCCCUGACAAGCGGCCUUUUGGCAGGAGAUUACUGAUCUUGUUUUGACUGUGCAGUUGCUUCAUCUUCUUCGCCUUUUCUUUACCCUAUAAAAGAAAAGAACUAAUGGAAGUGAAUUUGAAACUACAAGAAAAACUAAAAGAAUUUAACCGAACAGGCGAUUUCAGCUUAUUUUACUUAGAUAAACCUGAAGAUGUAAAAAGAUGAAAAUGGACUAUUUUAAGUAGUCCUGAUUUAGAGUUAGAAACGAAGCUAAAUCUCGCAACUUAUGUUGAUGAGCAAUAUUCAACCACCAAAGGAUUGAGGUUUGCUUUUAAACAAACCCUAAUAAACACUGCAUUCUCUUAUGGAGCUAUAGCCUUCACAGUUACUCUUAUGCUAUCUGUUUAUGUGUCUGAGUCAAUAAAAGCCUUAUUUUAUUGUCCGGUUUCACUUAUGAUUUUCAUUAUCGGUAUUUUGUACAAUUAUAAUUAA